UGUCCUUAUCUUGAUGUUUAGGUUUGGAGCAGAUAUGCCAAGAAGCUCUCAGAUCUUGCCAAACCAGAGAACAUUGAUAUGGCUGUCCAGUGUCUGAAUGAGCUCAUCACCAAUGCCCUCCACCAUGUUCCUGAUGUCCUCACGUACUUAUCCCGCCUGAAAAACCAAAGUGUCUUCAACUUCUGUGCUAUCCCCCAGGUGAUGGCUAUUGCCACGUUGGCUGCUUGCUAUAACAACCAGCAGGUGUUCAAAGGGGUGGUGAAAAUCCGGAAGGGACAAGCUGUCACUCUUAUGAUGGAUGCCACAAACAUACAAGCUGUCAAAGCCAUCAUGUACCAGUAUGUGGAAGAGAUCUACCAGAAGAUCCCAAGCACUGACCCCUCAUCCAACAAGACACAGCAGAUCAUCUCCUCCAUCCGUGCCCUGAGUUUGCCCAACAGCUCCAUGGCAUCCCGGCACCACUACUCCCCCAUCUACCUGUCCUGUGCCAUGCUCCUGGCUGCAUUGAGCUGGCAGUACCUCAGCACCAUCUCCAAGGCCACUGAGGACUAUGUCCAGGCAGGGGAGAACUGAUGAGCCAGGAGGUGGGUGGGGGGAAAGAGAUGGUGGUCAGUGGCUGGGCAGGAUGCUCCUUGUCCCCUGCAGGUGGGGCUGGUCAGGCAGAAAGGUGCCAUGGGGCCUGGGAGGUGAGGAGGAGAGGACAGCAGUGAGCUGCAGCCCUGGGGUGAUGGGGCAGCAUUGCUGGAGUCUGCUCCUCACCACCCUUGCCAUCUGCUGGGAUGGUUACCAAUGCUGAUUGGAGUCUUACUGUUUGGGAUUGAGGUUUUUUUCCCUUAUGUUUUUGUUUGUUCGUUUGUUCUGUUGUGGUUUUUUUUUUGGUUUGUUUUGUUUUGUUUUUUUUUCCAGCUUGGAUGGUUUUAAAUAGAAACUCUGGUUGCCUCUUUUCUUGCUUGAGAUUUGAGGCAACUUUCCAGCUCAGAGCUGAGGCAAAACCCACCUUGGUUUUGCUUCUUUUUUCGUAGACAACCUCUUCCCCAUCACCUCUGGUACCUGCUCUGCACUGGAAGGACACUUCUUUAGCUGGGAGAGGAACACAUUUCCUUAUCCAAGGAAGAAUCUCUGGCCACCUUCUGGCCUGCAGCCCAGGCUGGUUGAUUUCCUGCAGCUUGGCAACAGGCAGAGGCAAUCUUCAUAUUGCUGUCGUGGUGCUGAAGGAGGCUCCUGGGCUUGGAAGAAGCCCUUUUAAUCAUAAAUGCAUAAAAGGGAGGAUGCUCUGUCCACUUCAAGGUGCCCCUAGCUGAAAUGCACCUCUUGCAGCCCCCUGCCCUCUCAAAGCUUCAUAGUUUAGCAGCUGGGGAGGUGGUGAAACAGAAGAGAUGGGAGCUGCCUGCAUGGCCCUGAGCUAAUAACCCCA